AUUACUCACAAAACCUUGAAAAAACAAUAUAUAAUAGGACAGGACAUGUCGGAGCCGGAGGAGCAGCCACUCAGCCCGUUUUCACGGCUGUUCCAUUCGUCGGAUUUCAAUGUCACCCUCCUCAUAACCUUAGGUUGCAGAACCAAAUGCGUUGUUCCCGCCAUUAUCGAAGGCUUGAAGCACACUUUGAUCAAACACCCUCGAUUCUCUAGCAAAAUGGAGAUGGAUGGUGGAAAGAGGGGAAACCCGAUCUGGGCUCGGACCAAAGUCCGUGUAGAAGAUCACGUUUUCGUUCCGGAUAUAGAUCCGGACAUGGAAGGUCCUGAUCAGUUCCUCGAAGACUAUAUCUCUAACCUAACUACUCUUCCUAUGGAUAUGUCCAGACCGUUAUGGGAACUUCAUCUCCUUCAAGUGAAGACGUCGGACGCAGAAUCGGUUGGUGUUUUCAAAAUCCACCAUUCAUUGGGCGACGGAAUGUCCCUUAUGUCCCUUUUCCUCGCUUGCUGUCGGAAAACAUCGAACCCGCAAGCAUUGCCGACCGUGCCUGUUACGAACAAGCUCGUUGGACCGAGCGGUUUCCUCGGCAAGAUCUGGUGGACGGUCGUGGGGUUUUGGCUCUUGAUAAGACUGAUCUUGAACACUUGCGUUGACGUGUUCAUGUUUGUUGUUACGAUAUUUUUCUUAAAGGACACGAAAACUCUCAUCAAGGGCAAGCCCUCUGUCCAGCGUCACGCAGCUAAAACGUUUGUUCGUAAGAUCAUUAGCUUGGACGACAUCAAGACGGUGAAGAACGCCAUGAAUAUGACCGUUAAUGAUGUUCUUCUUGGAAUGACGCAAGCGGGUCUUUCGCGAUAUCUUAAUCGACGAUACGAUGAAGAAACUGUCCCCGGGUCGAAAAAAGUUCUAGAAAAAGCUCGUAUUCGAUCUACCGUCUACAUGAACUUAAGGCCAAACACAAGGAUUGAGGAUCUAGCCGAUAUGAUGGCCAAGGGUUCAAACUGCAGAUGGGGAAACUGGAUAGGGUUUGUUCUUCUUCCCUUUUCCAUGAAGCCAGAGUCCGACCCGUUGGAACACGUGCGACGAGCCAAAGCCACCAUUGACAGGAAGAAGCUCUCUUUCGAAGCUAUGUUAUCAUUCGCAAGCGUCGAUAUCGUCAUGAGGGUUUUCGGGUUCAAGGCAGUUGAAACUGUCGUGAGGAGAAUAAACGGUAACACGACAAUGACAUUUUCAAGUGUGCUCGGGCCGACAGAAGAGAUAAGCUUUUGUGGUCAUCCGAUAUCAUACAUUGCCCCAAGUGGGUAUGGCCAUUCGCAUGCAAUCACUCUUCACUAUCAGAGCUACGUAGACAAGAUGAUCAUCUCGAUGGGAAUCGAUCCGACGGUUGUGCCGGACCCUCACAACCUAGCCGAUGACCUGGCGGAAUCUCUGAAAGCAAUCAAAUCCGCUGUCUUAGAAAGAGGGUUGUGUAAGGUGUAGUGGGUCUUCUUCUAAAUUCCGCCGCUUCAACGUCUUUCAUUUUUAUUAUUAAAAGAUCUUUUAAUCUCAUUUUCACAUGUACUGUGUUAUUGUCGGCGCUCCAGAUCUAUAGAUGGGCUUGUUUUUCAGACAUGGAUGUGUCUCUGCAUUUGCAUUAAUGUUCGUUAAUCUCUUAUGGAUUAUUUCACGUUUGUAAAUUGUUUAUGGCAGAGCCGACAUACAUAACAGCGUUGUUGAA